AUGGCUCAGAACUCGGGAGUGGCGGUCCAACAACAACUGCCUUCCACGUCGCAAGGGCUGACGUUGAAACCGGUGGUCAAAGCGAGUCCGUCCGUCUGGCUCAAAGAGAAAAUUAAUAAUGUAAGCUUGGAGCGCAAUAUUAUGCAACACCUUAUUGCGACAUAUCUCUGGCUUAUAUAAAAGAACGAAAAUUGUCUUUGCGAACGCGUUUGUAGAUGGAGGGAGCCCAUUUUACAGAGGGUAAAAAGCUUAAAAAUUGUUAGAUUUUCUGCAGAUUAGUUUUUGGCUCGCGAUCCUCAAUUCGCAAAAAAAAAUUGACAUUUUUUGUUAACUUUUGACCUAAAAAUCAAAGUCGUUUCUGCAAAGCGCGAGUCGCAUAUUCUUUAGAAAAAAAAAUUGUUUCAAAUCUUGCCAAGUUUCAUCAAAAUUUGAGGGUCGCAUACUUCCACUGUUAGAAUAAAUAUCAACUCCCGUUAUACCACUGAAAUUGACCGUCCAGCUUUGGUUGUACGGGGUCCUAUUGUACUGCAUAAAUAUAAUAUAAUAUAAUAUAUCCUGUGUUUUCAGUCGCCACCUCAGCGCCUUUCCACCGGUCAACUCUACGUCCACAUUGAGCGAAUUUUGCCAAAGUAUAAGGAAGCUAUGGUGAUCGGACGGGUCAAAAAAAUGUGUUUACUGAAAAACGAAGCAAAGCCGUAUCUGGAGGAGAUUGCGAAACGCCGGCAAAGCUUGCCGGCGAAACUUCCAAGUGAAAAACCCAACACGCCAAUCAAGUCAUCGCCAAAAUUGCCGCAAAUCGACUCGCCGCUCAAGAAAAUGAAGAUUGUAUGA